AUGAAAAACCGUCGAAAACGCGGCGGUUUAAGCGGCGGCGACGUCGUUGUUUCGUGGAGAAGAUUUUUCCGAUUUGUUGCUUUGUUCGUCUUCUCUUUCGUUCUCUUCUCUGCUUUGUUCAUCUUCUUAGGAAAAUUUCGACCGGUGGUUCGGUCAUCGGUUAAGGCGGUUAUCGGAGGCUCUGUACCGGCGGUUACGGUGGUCACGAUCCAUGAAGCGGUUAAGUUUCCUGACCAAACAUUGAUUUUACUAAAAUACCCUCCGUACUCUCGUUUAUUUACAAAAGAGGACCUCCUCUGCGUUUUCUCGGACGCAAAAAAAUCGCUGUUUAAAGAGAUUCCGUUCGCCGUGGAGAUCGACGACUCCGAUCGUCAGAUCGUACGGUGCUCCGCCUUGCCACGUGGUAGCACCGUAUCGCUCAAUCACGACCUCGUUGUAGGACCCAUGCACCGGUGGGAUUGGCUAGUUUACGACGCCGUGAUCGACUACGAUAACUCCACGGUGGUUUUCGUCAAGGGAUUAAAUCUACGGCCAGGAAAAGUCGCUGACGUGUCAAGAUAUGAGUGCGUGUAUGGUUGGGAUUUAACGAAGCCUAAGCUUUUGUUUAGAUCAGAAGUUAUCUCUGCGGCCCAAGAGAUCGUACGGUGCAAAACGCCGCUAACGGUAUUGGACGGCCCANAAUCGGCCCAAUCUUUACCGUUAAAAGUGUCCGUGAGAAUCAAAGGUGUUGAGAAUGGGAUGCUUCCUUCUGUGGCCCAUCCGAUUAAUCAACCGGGUCGGGUCAAAGACUCGACGCGUAAACCGUUUGAAACGUGCGUUUGCACCAUGACGCGAAAUGCAGCAAACGUUUUGAGAGAAUGGGUGAUGUAUCACGCUGGAAUCGGUGUUCAACGGUGGUUUAUAUACGAUAACAAUAGCGACGACGAUAUGGUUUCCGAGAUCAAACAUCUAGAAAAUAGCGGUUAUAACGUUUCGAGACAUUUUUGGCCGUGGAUCAAAACUCAAGAAGCUGGAUUCGCAAAUUGCGCGAUUCGAGCUAAAAAAGAUUGCGAAUGGGUUGCGUUUAUCGACGUCGACGAGUUCUUCUACGUCCCGUCUGGUCAAACUUUAACCGAUAUAAUUCGAAACCAUACAACAUCAUCACGUGAAAUCGGUGAAAUUCGUACGCCGUGUCACAGUUUUGGACCGUCAGGACUUAGAGAUCCACCUCGAGACGGUGUCACGGCGUCAUACACGUGUCGUAUGGCGUUACCGGAGAGACACAAGAGCAUAAUUAGACCGGAAACGCUAAACGCAAAUCUGAUAAAUGUGGUGCACCAUUUUGAGCUAAAAGACGGUUUUGCGUUUGCUGACGUGGAUAAAAAUACGAUGGUAAUUAACCAUUAUAAGUAUCAAGUUUGGGAUGUUUUCAAAGAGAAGUUUCAAAGAAGAGUAUCGGCUUACGUGGCGGAUUGGCAGAACGAAGAGAAUGUCGGGUCGAAAGAUCGGGCACCUGGAUUAGGGACCCGACCCGUUGAACCAUCUGAUUGGGCCGAGAGGUUUUGCGAGGUGAGAGAUAUUGGGCUUAGAGAUUGGGUUUUGGAGAAUUAUAUGGACAGUAAAACGCAGCGUUUAGUGUGGGAGAGAGAAGGGAGGAGAGUGGAAGAUGAAGUUAUAGCUCAAAUGGGUUCGUGGGGUUAUAAAAGAGUUGGUCGGAAGAGGAAAAAGCAAUUAAAAGCCAAAUAG